CAGGAGCUUCUUCCUGUGGCUCACAUGUACACAGCCCCAAACAAGAUGAUGGACUCAUCUAAGCGUAGUGAUUCCACAAACAGUGGCCUUCAAGACUCGAACUCAAAAACCGACGACGAGGAAAAAGACGAGCUGUGUCCCGGUUUUAGAAACGCGGAUGCUUUUGUUAAAUAUGGAUUGGGUGCCGUGUUAUCCGCCACCAAAGCAUCCGCCGGCUUGCCUCAAGCUGGAGAUGAGUAUGACUUCUACCGCAGCUUCCCGGGAUUCCGGGAGUUCUGUGAAAGCCAAGGGGACAAGCUCUUGCACUGCAUGGGUCAGACAAUGCAGCACCACGGCUGCAGAUCUCUCCUGAGCGACCGGAACAAGCUGACGGGCCUGGAGGAGAGGUUGGACUUGGUUGUGGACUCGAACGACGUCAUCCUCGAACGAGUGGGGAUUCUUCUUGAUGAAGCUGAUGGGGUGAACAGGACCCAGCAGCCUGUCCUGCCUGCCGGGUUUCAGCCUCCCAAGAUUGUAGUUUCCAGCUGGAAUCGCAUGGGUUCAAGUCGUUCCGAGACGUUCCGACUGCUCCACGCCAAGAAUGUUGCGAGGCCUCAGCUGAAAUUCAAGGAAAAAGUUGACAACAGCAACACGCCAUUUAUUCCCAAGAUCUUCAUCAAGCCCAAUGCAAUAAAGCCUCUUCCUUCUUAUUUCACCAACAAACAAAUCCGUAAACAGAGACCCGAGGACCUUGAUGUCCCAGCUGCACUGGCCGACUUCAUCCACCAACAGAGAACUCAGGAACAUGUUGAAGACAUGUUUGCACACCCAUACCAAUAUGAACUGGAUCGUUUUACAGUCCCAGAAGGCCUUCUGUCUAAGGCAGAACCGCAGAUGUUCAAGCCAAUGGCUGAGACCAAGUGCUCCUUCGUUGACACACUGGAGGAUCUGGUGGUUCUGAAUGAGAAGCUCUGCAAAGUGUCUGAAUUUGCAGUGGACCUUGAGCACCACUCCUACAGGAGUUUCCUCGGCCUCACCUGUCUGAUGCAGAUCUCCACCAGAGAGGAGGACUUCAUCAUCGACACCAUUGAGCUCCGCAGCGAGUUGUACGUCCUCAACGAGGCGUUUACUCACCCGGCAAUUGUCAAGAUAUUCCACGGCGCCGACUCUGACAUGGAGUGGCUCCAGAGGGACUUGGGCUUGUAUGUCGUCAACCUUUUCGACACGCAUCAGGCCAGCCGAGCUCUGAACCUGGCCAGACAUUCCCUCGACCAUCUGCUCAAACACUUCUGCAACGCGGAAUCGGACAAACGCUACCAGCUGGCUGACUGGAGGAUUCGGUAUGAAGAAGACGGGGCCACUCUUCCCUCCGUACAGAAAUAUAUAAAGCCUAUAUACACAGAGGAGUCCUAUUUGGAGCUGCAGAGGAAGCAGAAGCGGUCCUUCAACACCCAGCAGCUCACUGCCUUCAGACUGCUGUUUGCCUGGAGGGACAAGCUGGCCAGGCAGGAAGAUGAAAGCACCGGAUUCACCCUGCCCACUCAUAUGAUGAUCAAGAUCUCUGAGGAGCUGCCCAGGGAGCCUCAGGGCAUCAUUGCCUGCUGUAACCCUAUACCCCCGCUGGUGAGGCAGCAUGUCAAUGAGCUCCAUUUGUUAGUGCAGCAAGCCAGAGAAAUGCCUCUCCUUAAGGCUGAGCUUGGAGCUCAAAAGUCGAAAGGACUCGCACCCUUGAAAAAGCCAGAGGUCACGUUGUUUGGUCCUCAUGAUACAUCCAAGGUCUCUGAGAGCGACCUUCACCACUGUUCUCCUCAUGAAAUGCCCGUCAAACAAGGGAUGCUCUUCUCAGAGGAUGAGGACAGAAUGGAUGUUGGUGAAGAGGCAACAAGUGGUCUCGUGGCGACGGCGACAAUCACACAGUUUGAGGAGCUGGAAACACAGAAUGACCAAGAGUCCCCUUCUGUGGCUCAAAUGAAAGCCAGACGCAUCAUUGAGUCUUUUGAAAACCCUUUCAGAAUGUACUUGCCCUCCACUGAUGUGCACAUCAGCAAGAAUGCCAAGUUUGACCCAUCUUCGAAAAUAUUUGAGAUUAGUAAAAGAUGGAAACUGCAGAGUAUUGAACGUCAACAGAAGGAUUUGGAGGCCAAGAGAGAGGCCAAGACGAAAGCCAAGGAAGAAGCAAAGGAACGUAUAAAGAAAGUGAAAGAAGAAAGAAACGAGGCUAAGCAGAGCUACCAGGAGUCUCUCCAGGACGUCGCCACUGUUCGCCAGCAAGCAGUGGAUUCUGCAAAAGACGGCGGAAAGAAAAGAGAGCGGGUUGCCAGUGAGAUUGGAGAGUCAACUCCCAAACCGAGUAAGAAGCUGAUGAAAUCUGAAGAGAAGCCCAAGAAGAAGGACCCGCCUCUCCAAGACGACUUCAAUCCCUUUGACUACAGUCAGUCAAAACUCAAAGUCUUUGCUGGCAACAAACCAAAGGACAACACGCAGUUCGAUCCAAAUCGGCAAGCUCACGAUUUCAAGAAAAAGAAAAAUCCCAAAGGACAAAAAUCCAGUUGUGGAGCUGGAAACCGAAGUAUGUCAUACAUGGCUGGAAAAUCCGAGAGAGGAUUCUGGCAAAACUGGCCCAAAAGAUAAAUUCACGUUCAGGCUAUUUUUUGUCUCAUUUUAAAAAAAAAAAAAAGUGUUUUUUCCAUCCUGCAGAAACAAUGUUCCCAUUUUUGUUCCUUCUUGUGAGUGAAAUUCAGUAUUUCAAUAUUUAAUGGAUUUCAAAGUCUAUUUUCUUCCUUUUGUGGAACAGUUUACCCUGUAAAUAUGUGGAAGCACAGACCUCUUUAUAAAGAUGAUUUUAGACAAAAA